GCAAUCAAUAACAGGCACCAGGGGUUAAACUUUUCAGAAUAAAGGGAUUUAACUUUUUUUCUCUGUGUGUAUGUAUAUCUAUAUAUACAGAUCUAUCGCUCUGUCUCUCUGUGUGUGUUUGGUGUAUUUUUUAAUUAUUGUUUGAAAGACUCCAAACGUUUGGGGAUUUAUCUUUCGCAGAUAAUACGUAUUUGGUUAAGGGGGUGAGUUGUGUUGUUUAAAAGGGAGGAAAAAAGAGGGGCUGGGUGGUUUGUUCUGGGGGUCCCUAGUGCAAUGCAAACCCCUCAUGGGUGCUAUUUUGUAAUCUCAGACUCUUGCUAUUGGUCAGUCCAUGAUCAGAUGGUUCUAUUUCCUUGUGUCCCUCGCUGGCACCCAGCCAUCCCCCUUCAGCUAAAACCCAAUCUCCGAUAUACUACUAAUAGCUAAACCACUUGGACUAUAAAACACAACAAAUCAUAAAGCCAGGAAAGGACGGCUGCCUCCUCCCAAUGAGUUCUUAUUUUGUCAACUCUACCUUCCCGGUGAGCCUGGCUGCUGGGCAGGAGCCCUUCCUGGGACAAAUCCCGUUAUAUGCCUCAGGAUAUGCGGAUCCUUUAAGACACUACCCCGCUACCUAUGGAGCCACUAGCGUCCAAGAUAAGGGUUAUCCCUCCUCUUCUUAUUACCAGCAAGCGAACGGAGCUUACAGCCGGACCACAGCCUGUGACUAUGGGACAGCUGGUUUUUACAGAGAGAAGGACCCUGUCUGUGCCACCUCAAACCUAGAUGACCACGCACCGUUUGCCCCAGAUCAGCGGAAGUCAGACUGCGCACAGACCAAAACUGUUUUCGGGGAAAGCGAUGACCAGAAGUGCUCUACUCCCGUCUACCCCUGGAUGCAGCGGAUGAACUCUUGCAACAGUUCAUCUUUCGGGCCAAGUGGCAGGAGAGGCCGGCAAACCUACACCCGCUACCAAACCCUGGAACUGGAGAAGGAGUUCCACUUUAACCGCUACUUGACCAGGCGUCGCCGGAUCGAAAUCGCACACGCACUUUGCCUGACAGAACGCCAGAUCAAAAUCUGGUUCCAGAACCGGAGGAUGAAAUGGAAAAAGGAAAACAAACUGCUCAACUCCACGCAGCUGAGCGCGGAGGAGGAGGAGGAGAAAGCAGCGGAGUGAAA